AUGGAAGCACGAACUACCGAGUUUCAAAAAAUUAUAAGUGCCAAGAAAAUGGCGAACAAAAUGAAAGAAAAUAUAGUCAAAUCGACCAUGAAACUAUAUCGUCAAAAAAGUUCACCGUAUAAAUUGGUCCGGAACAAACCGGUGAAGGAUGUUGAGAUGUCGAACUCGACCUUCAGCCAACCGUUGGUGGUAAGAUUUGGGCCCAUUUCGCCGAAACCCAUUUCGCCGAAUCCCGUCUCGCCGAAAACCCAUCUUGCCGAAACCUAUCUCGCCGAAACCCAUCUCGCCGAAACCCAUCUCGCCGAAGCAUAG